AUGGAUGGUGAAAGCAGUCUUGAUGAGCUCUUCCGCGACGACAUCAACCCCCACGAUCUCCCACCUUGCGAUUUAGAGCACUUGGAUGAAAUUUUGAUGAUUAUUAAAACGCCACACCCAACUGUGCGCUCGACGGUGCUCAUAGCACUCGCGGAUAAGGAUGGCGCGUACAUCGUCAAGCUGCUAGAUUUGUUUGACGUGAGCGAGUUAGACGCCGAUAAGACUGUGCUACAUAAGCUCUUCGACAUUUUCUACGCUAUGCUUGAAAUGUGCAACCGCGAGCUGAUCAAAAUCUUGCUUAGCGAGACCAAUUUUAUCUCGGUAAUUGGCGUCUUUGGCUAUAAUCCCGGAUUAAUUUGUGAGAUGGACUUUCGAACAGUCUUGGAGGGAGACGGAGGUUUCAUCGAGGUGAUUCCCAUUACAGAUCCAAGCGUUGUGGAGCGAGUCCACAUGAACUUUCGUAUUCAGGUGAUCAAGGAUAACGUGUUGGUGCGUUUACUGCCGGACAGCUGUGUGCUCUUGCUUGAGCACAUGGUAAAUGAAAAUAACUUUCAUAUACUUACAUUUAUUUUGGAGACCAAAACCUACUGGAAGACGAUUAAGGAACUUGUUGCCAGUAAUAUCAAGCGAUCUGAAGGUCUUGGAUUGCUGAAAGCGAUAAUAAAUAUGGUGCGGGUGACAAAGUCAUUGAGCAAACCUCAACGUCGAGAUGCUUUUGGAGCUCCCCCAGUAUUUGGCACCCUAAUUAGUAAUUUGUUCGGGGAUGGCGAGCUCUUUGCGACAUUCGCUUCCAUUUUAGGCUCUUCUGAUUCAGAAGCGGAAGACAUUACGUUAGCAGUGGAUAUUUUGACCGAGUUGAUCGUUUGCCAAAGUCCAGACAAGUUACGCUCAUACCUUGCAAGCGAAGGCAAAUGCAUUCCUGCUCCAGCAUCGGAUAAGGAUCGGAUUUCGUGGACACCUGAAUCGUCUCUCUUUACUGCACUUUUGGUAGUAUUUGAACGAGAUGAACCAUUACGCAUACAACUGAUUAAUUUGUUACGAGAGGUUUUUCGCGUUCCUCUUGGCCAGGACGAUAAAUUUUUGAGUGUACUGUAUCCUAAUUACAUGCACUGGAUGCUUCAACCAAUGAAGAACAAUACGUUUAUUCACAAUGCCUCUGCGAUGUUUGAUCUGCAAGACAGCAUCAUGGAACUUUUAACGUUUUGCACAGAAAAUCACGGGUACCGUGUCAAGUAUUUAUUUGGAAGGCAACCUGUUGCAACCUACGCUGUAAAAAUGUUGCGGUCUCGAAACAAGCUUUUUGUCAUGCAUGCGGUCAAGUUUGUCCGAGCAUGUGCAGUACGAGCUGAGGCUUUCUUUUCCAGAUUCUUAAUUCAAAAUGAUUUGUUCACACCGAUGCUAGAAAAUCUAGAGAUUGGAAAACCAAACACUGGAGCCGUCAGUUCAGCAAUUCUAGAAGUGUUGUCUUUUGUUGAAAAGACAAACCUGACAUCGUUGGUCGAGCAUAUUUACACCAAAUUUUACGAAACUUAUAAGGCAGAGUGUCCACUGGUGUUUGAGGCCAUACGGUCACGACAUAAUGAGAAUACGGGAUUUGCAGGCACAGAUGUGAAUAUUUCUCAAGCAAGUAAGAUUCAAUUUGUUCGGGCAGCCUGCAUCGACGAUGAAGAGGAGCUCUACUUUGAUAAGGACACAGAAAACAAUGAGCCUUCUCCUGCACUAAGCAAAACUAACUUGUUAGAUGAGGAAGUAUCAUGCCUUAACCGCCCGAGGUCUGUCAAACUAGUUAAUUACAAUGACGAUGACGAGAACGAAAGCGAAGAUGAAGACGAUGACGAUGACGACGGACAAUCGUUUACUAAGGAAAAAGACGACUCAGAGACAUUAGCCGUAACGUCUCCACGUGGUGCAGAAAUUGAAGAUGAUCGAAUAUUUCAGCCUCCGGUGCACAAGAAAAAGGAAGAGGAAGUGGACGCUGAGUCUUUUUUAAUGGGCAGCAAUUUUAUCGCUCGAAAGAAAGCACAACAAGCGGGAAAGAACGUUCGAUCACCACACUUCAAAAAUGUAUUCCAAAAAAUAUCAUGGAAGCUUGGUACACCUAUCAGGAGCAAAGAUGGUGAUGACGGCAAUUCGCCUCCAGUAUUAAUUACCGAGAUGGCUGAUGGCAAUAAUAUCAGCGAUACCGUGAAGCGCAAAGAUAGCAGUGAAGGAAGCGACAAUGCAACUGAGUUGGAGGGUGAAACUGUUGAAAAUAAUUUCGUUGCGAAACGAAAGCUGGCUAUGGAAGACGCAGCAGAGUCGGAGCCUUUACUUAAAAAGGCAAAGACGUGCAAUCCGAUCAGUUCCAGUUAA